AUGCCGUCUUCCCCCUCGCGCAUUGUCACCAUCUUUAUCAACGAUUCCGACCUCGCAGUGGAGUACCAGACCGGCUGGGUAGAAAUAGGAGGACCACGCGAACCGCAUGGUACCCAGCACCUAGCCACCAGAGCAGGGUUGAAAGCACGGCUUUCGUUCGUUGGCACCGGUGUGAGCGUGAUCGGCGUGCUGGCGCCCUUCGACAUCUCCGGUCGACCAACAACACAAUACUCCAUCGACGGGGAAAUUACGGCCACGUAUACCGCGCCGUUUGUUCCAUCCUCAGACGUAAUGAGAUACAACGUAACGUUCUUCUCCGUCCGAGAUCUUGUUAUGGGUAACCACACCAUCGAAAUCGAAAAUAUGAACGGGACGAGCCCUAACACCUUCUCGCUCGACUAUUUCCUCUUUUAUGGCCCCUUCCUUGGAUCCCCGACGAGUGUGGCGAUCGACCCCGAACUACCGACGAUGUCCAUCACUGCAACGCCAUCGGAUGUCUCCAGCACCAACACUCCUCGCGCUAAGCGUAUGAACCCAGGCGCGAUUGCGGGAUCCGCCGUGGCCGGUGGAACCAUCCUCGCAUUCCUCGUCCUCGCGUUUUCUGCUUUAGGCGCAGGCGCCGUCCCCACGUCGGUCAAGCGGGAACUAUCGCUCCCUUCAUCUCCGAGCCAUUCGACGCUGUCUCUUCGGGCCUUCACCCAUGCCGCACCGGGGGACUGGGAGACCAUCAGCUUCGGCCAAUCCGAAUGCGACACACUUCAUCCAUUGGCCGGAUGCACUUCACUGGGCCCUCCAACGCCUAUCGCAUCUUUGUCCACGCAAGCGAUCAUACCCGUAGGCCACGGUCAGCCCACGAUUUCGGAGAAGAGCCCGAGGCAGUCCCUCCCCAACAUCCGUCCCUCCCCUUCGUCUUCGCCCCCUCAGGCGAGCACGCGCCCGCCUCAGCCUCGCGUCCUCUCGCCUUCCCUGAUCGCCCGGGACACGAUAGCCCCCGUGCCGCCUGCCGUGCUCCCUUCCGGGACGUCGCACGCCCCUCCGGACCCCCGUCGUAGCCCCACAUUUUCGCUGCUUCGCUCAGUGUUCUCCAGCGGAUCGCGGGUUGACCUGCCCUCCAGCAGCCCCCCGAUAGCUUCGCGGGCCGCGGACUCGGGACUGCGACUGUAUGACGAUAUGGUGUUGCCGCCCCCGUAUACACGGGACUAG